AUGCGGGAAAUCCUGAAGUCUCUCCAUCACAAUUACGGCCCGGUUGUCAAGGAGACGAGAUCAGGUGACACGUUUGUCCACCUGUUUCACCUGGACGAUAUCUGUGGUGUCCUGCGUAACAGCCAGGUCCAGACGGACGUUUAUCCAUUGUUUCCUCCACUAGGGUUCUACAGAAGAUGGAGAAGGAUUGGGCCUGGCAUUGGCAACGUCAACGGAGAAGAGUGGCGCACACUGCGUGGCCUGGUGCAAAGCCACAUCUUGCGACCAAACAUCGUUGCUGAUUAUUUGCCGUUUAUCAAUGAAGUUGCUGACGAUUUCCUCACACGGCUGCCCGGCAUUCAGACAGCAAAUGGAGAAGUCCCGAACCUUUACGAGGAAGUUGCUAAAUGGCAUCUUAAAUCCACUGCCAGAAAUGUUUUUGAGACACAUCCGGGCUUCUUUGAUAAUGAGGUCAACGAGUUCUUUGACGUCCGCUCCAUGAUAGAAGCCACGCAAACCGUCGUUCGCAGCGCCACGGGCCUGUAUUAUUCACUUCCUCUGUACAGAUACGUGAGAACUGCGCAGUGGAAUACCAUGGUAGAGAGUGCGGAUUACUUGUUUGGGGGUUUGCAAAAACUUUUGGACCGGGCGGUCGAAGACAUUAAGGUCCUCUCCGCCACAAACCAGUUGCCAGAUGACAAAUAUAGUUUCCUGCGACAUGUUAUGUCGCGUUCAGGUGAUAUCCCGUACAGUGAGUGGGGCAUGCUGUCAUUGGAUAUGGUAUUCGAUGGACUCAUUGCGACACCAGCCGUUUUGAUUUGGAAUCUGUUCACGCUUUCAAAGCACAGUCACGUGCAAGACAAGCUAUUUGAGGAAGUGGAGAGAAUCGUGCCGAGGGGAGAAAAUGUGACAAAGGACCACAUCAAGAAGAUGAAGUACAUGAAAGCUUUUCUCAAGGAAACCUCCAGGUUUUUUCCUCUUACGGUGGAACUUACCAGAAUUCCACAGCAGGACACGGUGGUUGGUGGAUACCAUAUACCAAUGGGGAAUUUCUAUUUGAGAUCCAAUAAGAUAAUUUGGACGCCUCAACAUAAAGCGUUUGAUAUGGAAUGA